GCGGUAGGGCAGGUGGGCUGCUGGGGCAGGGGGCAGGAUGCAGUGGCGCGCGGGGUUCGCCUCCUCACGCGCCUUCGUCGUGGACCUGGGCCGGAACCGUAGCCUUCCGGUUCCAUUCGGGCUGCCCGCGGACGAGCGGCACUCGGUGUCGGGCUGCGUGGUGGCGCUGCCGCUGCAGGACUGCGGCGGGAUCAUGUCCGGCCUGGUGGCGGAGACCUGGUGGAGGAGGACGCUGUAUCUGACCGGGGGAGCGCUGCUGGCCGCCGCCGCCUACCUGCUCUACGAGCUGCUCGCCAUCAGGAAAGAGCAGCAGUUGGACUCUAAAGAUGCAAUCAUCCUUCACCAGUUCACCAGACCCAAAAACGGUGUCCCCAGUCUGUCUCCGUUCUGCCUGAAGAUGGAAACUUACCUGCGCAUGGUGGACUUGCCUUAUCAGAACUACUUCGACGGCAGUCUGUCUCCUCAGUCGACGAUGCCGUGGAUCGAGUAUAAUCACGAGUGUGUGUCCGGGACCGAGUUCAUCAUUGAUUUUCUGGAGGAGAAGCUUGGUGUCAGCCUCAAUAAGAAGCUGAGUGGUCCAGAACUGGCUGUGGCACGAGCCAUCACCAAAAUGGUGGAGGAACACUUAUACUGGGCGAUCGUGUACUGUCAGUGGGUGGAGAAUGUGGAGCAGACUGAGAAGAUGCUGGAAGUUCCUGGUCCGCUGAGUGAUGUUCUGAAGUGGACGCUGUGCCAGCUGAAUGGAGGCCUGGUAAAGAGGGAGAUGUUCUGUCAGGGAAUCGGACGGUUCUCCAGAGAUGAGAUUUACACACUCAUGGAAAGAGACAUGCGCACACUCGCCACACUGCUGGGAGAUAAGAAGUACCUCAUGGGCUCUAAAGUGUCCAGUGUGGAUGCUGCUGUGUUUGGACACCUUGCCCAGGCCAUGUGGACUUUGCCCGGCUCCAGACCGGAACAGCUGAUUAAAGGUGAGCUGAUUAACCUGGCCAUGUACUGCGAGCGGAUCAGGAGGAAGUUCUGGCCCGAGUGGUUCGUGGACGUGGACGAUUUUUGUUCUGAUGGCGAGAGCGACAGCAGUGAGGGAACGCCCACUAAUCUGAUGGACUGCAGCCUGUUCUCACUCACCGACGCGCUGGCCGACAGCGCCGGCAGCUCCCCCACACACACACACUCGCCCGACAGCGACCGCUCCGGACGCUCGCUCUCCGACUCGGACAUCGAGGUGGACGGCUCCGACUCCGAACAGCAGGGCAAGGGCUAGAUCACACAGCCGAUGACCCCUGACCGGACUGGAGAACAUAUGAACUGCAGCACUGCAUUAUGGGACAUUAUGAUCUCAGUAUGGACUUCUGAGGAGGAGCCACGUGGACUGGGCAUCAGUUUUAAAAGUGUGUAACUGCGGGUGUGUGUGUGUGUGUGUGUGUGUGUGUGUGCGCAAGAGGGGGCUUUUUUAUGAAAGAUACACUGUUUUAGAUAUUAUAUUGUCCAAAAGUAUCCAAACUUGUAUCCAAAAACGUCACAAUACAUAUGAAAGUGAAGACUUUUUUUAGGUUAAAAAUAAAUGAUAACUCAAUUUGAAAACUGUCAACUGAAACAAAUAUUAUAUGAAAAAUAAGAGUAAAUAUUUUUAGUUAAUUUAAGUGUGGAUGUCAAAUUUUAAACAACCAGUAGAGGGCACUGUUACUCUAACUAGAUAUAUAUUCAGUACAACAUUUAUGCUGAACAGUAAAGCAGAAGCUAAUUAAACUAAUAAAAAAACCCUUCUCUCAUCAAAUAAAAACAUAUGAUAAUGCAUUACUAAAACGGAAAUUAAAAAACAAAUAAAUUAUUUAUUUGAAAAUAUUUUUUAGAAAACAGAGCUUAAAUAUUAAUGAAUCAGUGAAACUUAAAAAACAAACUCUACAUUAAACUAUAUUUUUCAAAAAUCAUAAAGAUGCUGUAUUUUCCUUCUUAGAACAUAAAAAAACAAAGCUAAACUAUUAAUUAAUGUGUGAAAUAUUUUUAAAUAAUAAUAAGUAAUCAUUUGGUCUGAACAGUUUUAUCUAUAAGGACCCUCUGUAUGACUUUUUUACAUAAUAGCCAUUUAAUUUUGCAACAAAUUUAAGAAAAAUCUGUGGGUUCUCUUUUAAGAUGCAUUCACAACAACCUUAUUAAUUUUAAUUAUAAAGAAUUUUAAUAAAUCAUAACACUUUUUUGUUCCUGCAGUAAAUAGUAAAAUAAAUACAUAGAGUUAAAAAGUGGAUUUUUAAUGCAGAAAAACAAGAGUUUGGAUACUUUUGGACAUGAGUAGAUGUGUAAUAUAGACUUUACUAUAGGUGGGAUAUGUAAGGGGAUGGGCGGUGCUGUUCCUCUGAGACACGGUUCAGUACGGCUGAAAUCUGAAAAUAUUUAUUUUAUUUUAUUUUAUUUUAUUUAUUUUUUUAUGGUGUUCGGCCUUUGCUUCCUCCGUGAGCUCAGUUCAGUCUAAACAUUCUUCACACCUGUCAAUCAAAUCAAGGCUCUAACCAAGGACGAAAGCGUCCUUUAAUAUCUCUACUGUCUUAUAAAAACACAGCACUGUGUCUGCAUCAUCACACACACAACAUGCACAAACACACACAAACUACUUUUAACAUCGUAAUGCAAACACAACUAAUUCCAGAAUAAGAUCCACUAUUUAUUCUGGAUCUUAAAAGCAGACAAAAGUAUUUAAAUCUGUGUUUUGUAUGUGUUAUAUAAAUUAAUUUCACCUGAUUUUGAUUAACUUGAAAUAUUUUAUGGUGUAGUUUAUUUAUUUUUAUUUUAACAAUGUUUGUUUGUGUUUUGAAUGCGUAAGGUGGUGAAAUUUGCAUUUUAAAAAAUUUGAUCCAUGAAGUCAGAUCAGAAGAAAGAUCUGAAUUUAUUGAUCUAAAUUUUAGAAAUGUCUUAUAAAUGAUACAAUUUAUAUAAAACUGUCUAUAAUGUUAUUUUGAAAUAUUUUUUUUUUCAACAGAAAAUUUCACUACCUCCACAAAACUAAUUUAUGAAAUAUGCUAUUUAAUAUUAAAUUCAAGUUUAUCAAAAGUUACAUUUAAUUCAUAUAUACAAAAUACAGAUUUUAAAACUUAUUUCAGCAUUUAAGCUGAAAUAAUACACCCACACACACAUAUUCAUGCACACACAGUGCUGUGUUUGGAUCCCUCAGGCCUUGUACUAAUGUCAUUUAGCAGGUAGCAGGUUUAGUAUAAUGGACCUAAUACUAAGCGACCAGGCUUCUUAUUAACAGAGGCUGCGUCCAAAACUGCACAUCAACAUAUAGAGCAGUAUAUCACUAUAGUACACCAUCACUAACAGUGCAUGGUGAUGUGUGGGUUUGGGUGCAGUUCAGUGCUUGUACUGUAGGUAUUUAUCCACUUUGGAUGCUGCAGUUCGUGUUUGUGACCAGCAGAGGGCACUGUGAGCAUUCUCGUGAUUUCAGCUGGGCUUAAUAUUGCAGGCCACAUGUUGUAUUUCUGUCCUCAGCAGCAGCAGCAGAACUAUGGCCUUAACUGAAGCCCAGGCAUCCUCAGUCACAGUCCUGGGCAUGAGUCGUGUUUCCAUUAGUGUAAAAUAACGCCAGAUCCAGCUCAUUAACCACAUGCUGAAUUAGUGAUUAAGUUCCUCCGAGUGUGCAGAGAUGUUCACAGUGAGGAGACACACUCUGCUGUUAACAAUUCUGUUUUACAAUUCUGUGUGGGUAGGCCUGUCACAAUAAAUACGCUACUUAUUACAUUACUGUACAAUAUAUGAACCUCACUUGAGAAUCAGUCAUUUUAACUGAUCUCUAUAUUGCCCAUUGUUGUAGCUGAAGGUGCUGCCAUGUAGAUCAGCCAGACCUGACCCCUGUACCAGUUUCUCUAGUUUCCAAGAGUCAUUUGAAGGUGUAGGAAACCAUUUCCAGGUCAAGGGCCCUAUUUUACACCCUGCGCAAAGUGUUGCGAUGCUCGUUGCUAUCUUACACGGCGUAAACAAUUUAAUUUCACGCCUUGUGGCCCCACUGUUAAAAUAGCGUCAGAGUUUCUGAAUAUAUCUACGCUGAUUUGCGAUGUGCUCUGGAAGUGAGGUGUGGUCAGGUAAAUAUUUGGCAUGGUUCUAUCUUGGUGGUGGGAAAUACAGAUGCACCACUAACUGAUUAAAACCCUGACAACAGUCAGCCGCGUAAUCUUAUCUUAAACGUGCAUAACAGCUGUGCAUGUUGCACGCUCUCAGCUUGUAUAUAUCCCCGCUCACACAAAUUACACACACAAAUUAAAUGCACUGCAGUACACAAACUUGCUUUUACAUCAACAAUUUCUCAUUGAGACAUACUGAAGUGCCACGCUGUUAAGAUAUCAACGUGCCAAAGUCCGAGCACACCUGACUCUUAAAGGGAAUGACAAGUGACUAUCACAGAAUUAAAAUUAGCACACCGGCUAAUGGCUUCGUCCGGCAAGUGGUCUUAUCAUCCCACAGCACUGCCGGCCUCUUUCAGCAUCACUACCACGACAUUAGCACACCGGCUACCGGCCUCGUCCCACAUCGCUAAUGUAGCAUUAAUAUGCCCUGGCCAGCCAAUCCCUGGAUCCCUAGAUCAUUCAGCCCUCCCACUCCCAAGUUCAGUAUAAAUUAUGUUAUUAUAUUAUUAUUAUAUAAAACAGAAAUUUAAUAAUAAUUCUUUUUUAAUAAUAAUUUUCUUUUUUUUCAUUUGCUGCUUCUCUAUUAAUAUUCUUAAUUAUAAUAAAAGUUUAUUGCCCUUUAAUAGGCUGUAAUUGCAUUAUUAUGAUAUUAUUGUCAUCACAACAGUGGCAUAAAAUGAUCUUAAAAUGACAAUAAUAUUGUUCAUCACAAUUAUUGCAACUGACAAUAUAUCAAACAAAAAUAUAGUUAUCGUGACAGGCCUACAUAUGUGUUUGUGUUUGUGUGUGUGCACAUGCUAAUCAUGAUGAUGAGUUUGCCUUAGGUGGUUUAAAAAGCAGCUUUAUAAUCAAUUGAUACCUCUUACUUGAAAUCAAAGCCAGUACAAAUUAUUUUUAUUUCUAUAUUUAUGUAUGUAUUUAUUUUUUAUUUACAUAUUGAUUUAUUUACGUAUGUAUAUAUGUAUUUAUUUAUCAUUUGUGUACAGUAUGGACUAAUUUUGCACAUUAUUAAUUGAACGGAUUGAUAGAUUUUAAACGAACUGGCGUGACUGAUAUGAGUAUGAUCAACUGAGGAGCUUUAAUGUAGGUUUUAUACAGCGGUAUGGAAGUUAAAAGAUAUGAUCAUGAUGCUCUGCAUUAUGCGUUACAUGUUUGAGGUGUAAAAAAAAGGUGUGUUCAGACUGCAGGUAAAUCAGGUUCUAAUUCAGUUCCUCGGAUCAGAUCUGUUGAGAUUACCGUGUACAGUGGGAUUUGCAUGUCUGGACAUCACAAUAUUAUUUGAGUGUUCAGAACGUCCAGACUUGAGACGCAUCUUUACAAAUCAGACUGUACUCACAUUUUAAACUACUUUAAAAUGUGGUUUAGAUCUGAUUUGCAAAGAUUUGGGUCAAAAAAUCAAUCUGGAUACUGUCUAGAUUGAUAUCUGGACUAGCAGUCUAAACACAACCUGAACAUUUGGAUUGGGUAUGGUGUAAAACUUGCCGGAUCUCAUUUUAUCACAGUUGUGGUGAAUGGAUUUAUACGUCUGAACCUCGGAUAUAACAAGAAGUUAUUACACCAAAUUGAUAAUAAUAUACUGCAUGAUGUCAGAGACACUAAUUUACCAAAAGUUUACAUAAGAUUUUGCGUCUAAAACAUGUAUUUAAAAUUACAAAACAUUAAAAGGGUGGAGGGAUACCUGUGAGUGCUGAGCAAGAAAAUAGUUCCCCUAGAAAUCUUAGUAAAUCCUGUUUUACCACCAUCAACAUUCCAUAUGAAACUGGUAUAAAACAAUGUACAAUUUACUAGUGGGUUUUGAGACAGUAUAUUAAAAAAUAAAUGGUUAUAUUUGUUUUGUAACCACAGCAACAUGUGUUUCCAUUCACCACCAAUGUAAAAAAAAUGACUAAAAAAGAUUGAAGAACUGCAAUUUCACACCAAACCCCCGGUCUGAAUGCCCUUAUCUCAAACACUGAAUUAUGAAGGAAUAUUAGAAAAGCUUGUUUGUAGGAUUGGGACACAGCCUGUGAUUUCGGUCUCCCCAGUCUGCAUAUGAACCGGUCUCCAGAGGAUGUAUCUGGACUUUCUGCUCAGCCUCGUUACUGAAGCCAUAUUAGCCUGGACUGCAGAUGGAUGAGCGUGCUGUGUGUGAUGUAAUCUCCUGUGUGUAAGACAGACACUCCUGAUGGACUGAGUAAUCUGUGAGAUAUCAUGUACUUACAGUCAUUUCCUCUGAGUGUGCAAUACUGAACCAAUUACAAUAGCUGUGACAAUU